UGAGUUGGAACGCCUGAGUAACCUUGUGGGCAAACCGUCUGAGAACCAUCCUCUCCAUAACAGUGGUCUAUUGAGCCUAGAUCCUGUUCAAGACAAAACACCCCUCUAUAGUCAACUGCUCCAGGCUUAUAAAUGGUCAAACAAGUUGCAGUACCACACCAGCCUGGCAUCUGGUCUUCUGAAUCAGCAGUCUUUGAAGAGGUCUGCCAAUCAAAUGGGCGUAUCUGCCAAGCGAAGGCCCAAGGCUCAGCCCACCACCCUGGUGUUGCCACCUCACUAUAUAGAUGACGUGAUCAACCGCAUUGACCGAAUGUUUCCUGAGAUGUCUAUCCACCUAUCCAGGCCAAAUGGGACUUCUGCAAUGUUGCUGGUGACCUUGGGAAAGGUGUUGAAAGUUAUAGUAGUGAUGAGAAGCCUCUUCAUCGACCGGACAAUAGUCAAGGGUUUUCAUGAAAAUGUCUACACAGAAGAUGGCAAGCUUGAUAUAUGGUCCAAGUCCAACUAUCAAGUGUUUCAGAAGGUGACUGACCAUGCAACCACAGCCCUGUUACAUUACCAGCUACCUCAGAUGCCAGACGUGGUCGUCAGGUCCUUCAUGACCUGGCUGAGAAGUUACAUGAAGCUAUUCCAAGCUCCAUGCCAGCGCUGUGGAAAAUUUCUGCAGGAUGGCCUACCCCCGACCUGGCGUGAUUUUCGGACGCUGGAAGCCUUCCAUGACACAUGUAGGCAAUAACCCAACCUAGAGGCUGAUAAGAACAUGUGGAAACAAAAGAUGGAUAUGGAGAAGCACAAAGCAGAAGUCAGAUCUUCCAUACACCUAAAAAUGUUGUUUCCUCCUUGACCAAGAUCAAUAUUUGCAUGAACCUCAGGAGGAUUAAAUGAACCUUUUGGUGAACCAUUGUAACCCAUCCCAUGAUAAUGACUUUGUUCAACCCAGAAUGGGAAGAAUGGUUAUUGUCCAUCUCUCAGAACCCAGCAUCACUGCUUGAGUUCCUUGAUGGCUUUCAAGAGGAUGCAGGUUUUCCAUCAAAUUAGUCUGCACUUCUGAAGUUCUCUUGAUAUGAGUAAAAAUUAAUACUUUUGCUCUUCGAUUCUCCUUUUUUUACCUUUUUGUCUUUUGAAGAGGUCAGGGUCUCUCUUUCAACAAUGCAUUUUUUAUUUGUGAGUGGAAGUCCAAAACAGGCUCCUUCCCCCCCCCUUUUCCUCUUUAUUAUUAUGAUUGCAAUGGGACUGUUAAUUAGAACAUCAGGGUUCAAAAGGAAUCUUGUCAAUAACCCCUUACUCAUCAUUUCCAGAAGGGGCAGAUGUUCCUUCCUGCUUUCUGACACCUGUUCCUUAGCUUCUCAAGUCCUCUCCUGGAUGCAGCCCUGUUGGGAGCAAAAAGUCACCAGUGGAAAGACUCUGAACCGUCCCCUUACAUUUUUCUAUGUGUUAUUUUGCCUGCAAACUAAAGCUGGUCAGAUGAAUUAAACUCUUAAUUGAUAGCUCAUUCAUGUUUUUUAGUUUUCCUUGUUUGUUCAUCUUUGUUAUUAAAACAAGGGACCGUGUUGAAAAGAAUCCGUCUUGCUUUCAUUCCCUUCAUUGCAAAGUUCAAAGGGAGGCAUCUCCUGGAACUGUUGAUUCAAAGGAUUCACACAUCCUUUUAAGCAGAAUGUGGUCUGAUC